AUGGCCGGUACUUCGCUUCGCAAUAUCAUCGUCGUUGGAGGCUCCUUCGUGGGGCGGUCAACAGCUCAAGAGCUUGCAAAGAUCAUUCCACCAACUCACAGGAUCCUCCUGACAGAGCCUCAUAGCCAUUUCCACCAUCUUUUCACAUUCCCUCGUUUUGCCGUCGUUCCUGGCCAAGAACACAAAGCAUUCAUUCCAUACAACGGACUCUUCGCAAACGCAACGAACCCAGCUGAUCAUGCCGUGGUCCAAGCGCGUGUCACAUCCAUCCGACCAGAGCACAUAGAGCUUGAUCGCGAGUGGCAAGGCUCGAGCCAGAUCCCAUUCGACUAUGUCGUAGUUGCGACAGGGACGCAGCUCUCAAAGCCCGCUGCCAUGGAACAUGAUGACAAGCUGUCAUCCGUCGAGUACCUGCAAAAGCACCAAGCUGAUGUCAAGCGGUCAAAAUCCAUUUUGAUUGUUGGAGGUGGUGCAGUUGGUGUACAAAUGGCCACUGACCUCAAAGAGUAUUAUCCGGACAAGGAGGUGACGGUUAUUCAGUCACGGCCUCGGGUCAUGCCGAGCUUCCACCCUCGACUGCAUGAGAUCAUUCAGAAGCGCUUUGACGAAUUGGGAAUUCGACUCAUCACUGGAUCUCGUGUGAAGAUUCCUGAUGGGGGCUUCCCCAAUGAUGGAAGCACUUUCGACGUGCAGCUGACGAACGGCACGACGGAAUCUACCGAGUUUGUCAUUUUGGCGACUGGGCAAACCCCCAACAACAAAUUGGUCGCGGAUUUGGAACCUUCCACACCCGAGGGUCUCUCCGUAGUCAACCAAGAUAAUGGAUUCAUUCGAGUUCGACCGACGAUGCAGUUCCUCGAUGAGAAGUACUCGAACAUGUUCGCUGUUGGAGAUAUUGCCGAUACGGGGGCACAGAAAGCAGCGCGACCUGGCGCAGCCCAAGCUGCUGUGGUUGCAAAAAAUAUCCAAGCCUUGAUCGAGGGGAAGAAUCCAGAAGAGAAGUUUGUCAAGGGACCUGGAGCUAUCCACAUUACCCUAGGCAUGAAAUACAACAUGAUAUUCCGUAACCCGAAUACUGCAGAGGGUCAAACCGAGCCUUGGAUCAAUGAGAAGAACGAUGGUCAAGAGGACAUGAAUGUAGAGGGCAUGUGGCAACGGAUGGGGAUUUCGGUUGACAACCCGCGUCAAUAUCACCUCUAA